UCCAUCUAAUUCUUGAGGUACCAUGCGAGAAAAGCCGUGUUUUAGUCGAGUUAACUCGAUCUAUGGUUUUCAACGUUUCUCUAUCCCUUCCAAAUAUUUUGUUGGAAACAGUUGGAAAAGAAUGGACCAGCACUUUAUUCUGUUCUUAGUAGGCUUGUUGUGGGUGUUGAUUACAACUACUAUUGUGCCAGUUAAUUCAGAGGAAUGGACAAUGGAUAUAGAAUAUUUUAACGACACAAUAUCGAAUACAACUACAGAACCUACUCCAACUACAUUUACGACUGAAACUCCAUUUUCGCCCAUUCCUGGUUUUAAUAUUGAUUUCGAAAAUGGUACAAUAGCCCCAUGGGUGGAGGCGUCGCGGAGAAGUGCAAAAUGGAAAAUUGAGAACACAAACUCACCUUGGGAAUCGGACAAUGCUGCUCCUACACCUUUGAAUGGCUCAAGUUAUCUCCGCGUCGAUCGUGGUGCCUCCUUAUCAUUCGGUGUAGCCAUUUUACGCAGCCCAGUAAUUAUAGCCACACCUGGUGUGAGUUCUGCCAUCCUUUCCUUCUCGUUCUGGAUACGCUCCAAAUGGUCACAAUACACAAACCUUGAGGUAUACAUAGCCACAGAUGGAAAGGAAGAUCUAUUUGGCAGUUUGCAUGAAUAUGCGGACAUCAACAAUCGAGAUUGGCAAAAUCUAAGUAUUCCACUAAUUUCAACAACGAUCGGAGGGGACAUUGAAAUACAGGUGGUGUUUUACGCUUAUUGUGGUACAAAUGUUGAAGAUGCUGUCGCCAUCGACGAUAUCUCAUUGACCAUUACAGGUGAAACAACAACGUCGACGGAUAGGACCCCAACUUUUACACCGGGCGAAACGACAACUGUUAGUACAGCACCAACAACUGUAGGCACUACAACACCAACGGCUUCAUCCGCACCUACAACAACUCCUACAACAGAAGAACCGACAACUACCCAUGAAAAUGCAACGGAUUUGUAUACCAACGAACCUACAACGGAGUAGGCCUAUACUGAUGCACUUAAAACAACUUUAACAACAGGAGAAACGACAAUUGCUACCAGCAGUAUAACUGCAUCAACAACGACGGGUUCUAUAUUAAGUACGUAAAUAAGCGAUACAAUUAUAUCGCACGUUGAUCGUAGCGUAUAAUAUUGUCUUUAUGAGUUUUGUUGUCCAAUACUACUUGCUUCAAAGAAAUAAAUACCUAACGCCAU